AUGGAUGAUGGAUUGGAAGAUCAUAGUACGACUGAUGCAGGAACUGAGUUAUCAGGUUAUCAAUCUCGGAUGGUGAAGGAAAAAAGGCUAAACCCGGACGUCGGAAAUGCUCGACAAAGCAUGCUCAAACUGGUGAUGCAAAAUUACGUCGCUCAAUGUGGCUUCAAGGAUUUCUCAGUCAAUGUAAUCAAAGAUUCUGAACAAGUGCUGCAUCUUGAUGUCAUUAGCCAACAAUUUCAAACAACUUUUCUGAUUUUCGCUGUUUAUGCAAAGUUUACAAGAAGGGAUAGUCAGUUGCUAUGGGACGAGUUGGAAGGUUUCUAUACUCAGCACAUAGGAGAAGCUUGGAUGGUGGGUGGGGAUUUUAAUGUUUUUCGAAGCUUAGAGGAAUAUUCGAGAAAUGGACAUCCGGACCAAGCUGCUAUAAAAGAUUUUAAUGAAUGCAUCAAUAAGUGUAACCUGGCUAAAACACAAACUAUAGGUUCUACGAUACAACAUCUUAAUAGGGCUUCCUCUGAUCCUAGCCCCUUACUUCACCAAUUUGAGAUUGAUAUUGAAACAAGGCCGAGGCUUUUCAGGCGCUUAAAACUCCAAUUGAAAGAUUGGAAUCAAACAACUUCUAGAGAUGUAUUUCAGAAUCUUAGGGCGGCUGAAGAAGAAGUUUGGCUAAAGGAGCUACAAUAUGACUCUACAAAUGCUAUAAAUGAUCGAAUGGAGCUACAUCGCGCCCAGGCUUAUUUGUUUCAACGACUACGAGAACAUGAAGAUUUUAUUCGGCAGAAAAGCAAGAUCAAAUAG